AGAGAGAGAGAAAGAGAGAGAGAGAGAAAGAGAGAGGGGAUUAGCUGCCUGGCUUUCGGGUACAAACCCUCCCGAUGACUGCAAUGUUUUCACACUCAGGCGGCGAUUAGCACCGUCAACUUUCUGCCUUUUUUGUUGCAUUGUGGAGCAUUUUACGCAUUUGCACCACACCAGGAAAAAAACCCCACACAAGGCAACGGAGGAGAAAGCAGGAGGAGGACCGACACUAUCACCACCACCACCACCACCACCACAAAACCCGGACAAACACACACACAUACACGGAGGAGAAGCAGCAGCAGCCAGGCUACUACGGGUAUUCCUCCUUCCUCCUCCCAUUAGCUCCGUUUUUCAGCCUCCAGGAUGUCGGAGCGAGGAGGGCUCCCGCGGACUGGGGGUGUCCCCUCGCCGCACAUGCAGCCCUCCAAGCCGGUCAGCAUCACCUCCAACCGGCCGGUGCACAUGAACCUGUACGCUACCUGGGAGGUGGACCGCUCCUCACCCAGCUGUGUGCCGAGGCUGUUCAACCUGACUCUGAAGAAGCUGAUCAUGCUGAAGGAGUUGGAUAAAGACCUCACCUCUGUGGUCAUCGCCGUCAAACUACAGGGCUCCAAGCGAAUCCUGCGCUCCAAUGAGAUCCUGCUGUCAUCAGCUGGGUUGACAGAGACCGACCUGCAGCUGACUUUCUCCCUGCAGUACCCACACUUCCUGAAGAGAGACGCCAACAAGCUUCAGAUCAUGCUGCAGCGACGGAAGAGAUACAAGAACCGCACUAUCCUGGGCUACAAGACCCUCGCCCUGGGACUCAUCAACAUGGCGGAGGUGAUGCAGCACCCCAGCGAGGGGGCGCAGGUCCUGGGGCUCCACAGCCAGCUGAAGGACGCCUCCGUGCCCGUCGCUGAGAUCAGAGUCUACUCUCUGUCCAGCCAGCCGAUCGACCACGAGGGACCCAAAGCCAAGAUGUCUGAUCGCUCUCCGGACAUCGACAACUACUCAGAAGAAGAGGAAGAGAGCUACUCGUCAGAACAGGAGGGCAGCGACGACCCCAUUCAUGGACAGUACCUAUUUGAUGAAGAAGAGGAGGUGAGGAAGAAGAAGCCGAGGCGUAAGCUCCCUUCCAAUGCUGCUAUCACCAGGCAACCCAACAUCAAGCAGAAGUUUGUCGCCUUGCUGAAAAGGUUUAAAGUCACUGAUGAGGUGGGCUUUGGCCUGGAGCACGUGUCCAGAGAGCAGAUCCAGGAGGUGGAAGAGGACCUGGAUGAGCUCUAUGACAGUCUGGAGAUGUACAAUCCCAGCGAUAGUGGUCCGGAGAUGGAAGAGACCGACAGCAUCCUCAGCACGCCCAAACCGAAGCUAAGGCCGUUCUUUGAGGGAAUGUCCCAGUCCAGCUCCCAGACGGAGAUCGGAAGUCUGAACAGCAAAGGCAGUUUGGGCCGAGACACUUUCAGUCCUCAGGGGGAGCAGCCUCCUAUAGAGAAGAUGAAACCCUCCCGCAGCCGCAACCUGGAGGAGGCCCUGUCUGAAACCGACACACUGGAGUUAACAGAUCAGGAGCUGUUUGCCGAGGUGGGCCCCUGCAUCACAGUGUCAGUGCCAGAGAAACCCCGUACGCCCAUGAAGAGCAGCAGAAGCGAAACCCAAACCAUGCCGUCACCAAGACUGGAUGGCACUCACACCCCAAGACAGAAACGCAACAGCACUCCCAUGAAGGAGAGACAGCUGUCCAAACCUCUGAGCGAACGGACCAACAGCUCAGACUCUGAGAGAUCCCCGGAGCUGGGACACAGCACACCGGUUUUGAGGAAGGUGGUGUACGACCAGCUGAACCAGAUCUUGUUGUCGGACUCUGCCCUCCCAGAGAGCCUGAUAUUGGUCAACUGCACCGACUGGCAGGGACAGUACGUCGCUGAGCAGCUCCAGGUGCAGAGACACCCGGUGGUCUGCACGUGUUCGCCAGCUGAAAUCCAGGCGGUGCUGUCCGCUGUGCUCACCCGCAUCCAGAAAUUCUGUAACUGUAACUCGUCCAUGCCCAGAGCCGUGAAGGUGGCGGCGGUGGGCAGCCAGAGUUACCUCGGAGCCAUCCUGCAGUUCUUCGUCACUCAGCUCGCCAACAAGACGUCCGACUGGCUCAACCACAUGCGCUUCCUGGUGGUGCCUCUGGGCUCUCAUCCAGUUGCCAAGCAUCUCGGUGCCCUCGACAACCGCUAUAGCUCCAACUUCCUGGACAUGGCGUGGAGAGACGUGUUCAGCCGGUCUGAGCCGCCGCAGACAGACCAGUUAGAUGUGGCGGGAAGAAUCUCCCAGUACAUCAGCGGCUCCACAGUCACUCACCAGCUCCCGAUCGCCGAGGCCAUGCUCACGUGCAAACACAAGACGCGAGAUGAAGACUCCUAUCAGAAGUUUAUUCCUUUUAUUGGGGUAGUGAAGGUUGGUCUGAUCGAGUCUGGUCCCUCUCCGACAGGAGAUACAGAGGAGGGCGUGGCGGUGAGUUUGGCCGUCCCCUCCACAUCUCCCCCCUCCCACGGCUCCCCCACAGGGAUGAUCAAAGAGGCGGCCACGCCCCCUUCCUCCCCUUCCAUGGGCAGUGUUCUCACAGUGCAAGGGAGCCCCAGCAUGUCUCACGGUGUGGACGCCAUCGGCCUGCAGGUCGAUUACUGGCUGGCCUCGCUGGCUGAGAAGCGGAGGGAGGGCGACCGUCGCGACACGGGCUGCAAGAACACGCUGAAGAGCGCCUUCCGCUCGCUGCAGGUCAGCAGGCUACCAGGUGGGGGCAGCAACGACCCACAGGCCCAGGUCAGCACCAUGGAAAUGACCGUGGUUACCAAGGAGAAGAACAAGAAAGUUCCCACCAUCUUCCUGGGAAAGAAGCCAAAGGAGAAGGAUGUAGACUCUAAGAGCCAGGUCAUUGAAGGCAUCAGCCGACUCAUCUGCUCUGCCAAGCAGCAGCAGACCAUCCUGAAAGUGUCCAUAGACGGCGUCGAGUGGAACGAAGUGAAGUUCUUCCAGCUGGCCGCUCAGUGGCCCACUCACGUCAAAUACCUACCUGUCGGACUUUUCGGCUACAGCAAGCCCCUCUCUUAGGGGUGACCGCCUGCCGACUCCUCUGACCCCGACUUGACCUUUGACUCUCCUCGAUCCUUUGCGCACAGACCCCCGCCUGGAGAAGACGUCGAGUGGCUGGACUACAUUCUUUCCUUAAUUUCAUUUCCGCUAUAGUCGUCUUAUUUCUCUUUAGGGAGGGAGAGGAGGAGUGUGGUGUUGGGGUUACAGCGCUGUUACUAGUCACUUUAAUGCCCCUUUUGGUGUGUGUGUGUGUGUGUGUGUGUGUGUGUGGCGAGUGUGCAUGCACACGUGAAUGUACAGUAUGCGUGUGUGUGUAUGUGUGUGUUCAUAAGGGGCUUACAGCACAAGUUUAUUAGCUAACUGCCAUUUACGUUUCCGUUUUAUGGAAUGCAACAGCAUGCAACAACUCAUCGAUUUCAAGCCCUAAUGUCCGACCCUCAACUUUUGACCCCUUUUGAUGUUCCCGCUCACCUCGAGUCCCCCGAUCCACACGUGCAUGCUCCGAAAACUAACAGAUAAACACCACUCAUGUGCCGGAAACAGUAACACAUAACAGACAGAAAUACAACAGGGCUUCAGUGUUUGCAUGAGCCAGUGAAAACACGAAGAAAAGUCUCCUCUGAUCACAAAAUUCAGUCAAAUGAAUAAAAAGCUGGCAUGUAACGAGUUUUUCCUCCACAUGUCCGACAUCAGUAAUACUGAUCGGCCCUUCAAAGCAGACCCAUUAGUUUUAUUUUAUUUCAAGGGCUUCCAUUUAACAAUUUUAAAUCUUUUUUCUCUACCGUAAUAAGUCAUUUGGAUGUCUAAUGCCAAACUUUCUUUCAAAAACAACAAAAAAGAAUAUUUAAAGGGGAAGUGUCUUUUUAAAAAAAUUGUACUCCAGUGAAAAAUAGUGAAGCCUUCCCUUUAAUACUGUUUUGUGAUGCGUAGUUAACGUUUUAUUCUUGGGUUAGGUUACGAUUUCAGGGCAGGAACUGCUGUAACGUGCAGUUUAUUCUUUAUCUUCUUAUUCGUUAUGCACUUAUGAAUACACUUGGACCAUCUGGGUGUUUGCAGCCGGUAAAAAAUGAUUAACAGUCUUUGACAGCAGAGCCAACCAGAUAUGCAUCAGGAGGCUGAAACAAUAACAUGCUUAUUUAAACCAUCCAAAAACUCGGCAGCGUUGAUGGGAAUAGGAUGGGGAGGGGGAAGCGUGUUUCUUCCUGCGUUAAGCCCUGCUUCUUUGUGAGAAUCUAAACCGCUAGAAUGGGGAGUUAAACACCCGCAAUAAAGCACAAUGUUGGUCAGCUGCCCUCUAAAUAUCAUUCCCUUAUUGGCAUCGAACGGGCAGCUUUCUCCUUAUAUUCAUUAAGCAUUCCCAUUUCUUUUGGGAGUCCUUAAUAACAUUUAUUCUAUCAGGAAAAAAAAAAAAAAAUCGGGUUGAUUUCAGUUAUUCUGGCACAGGUCUGCUACAUGCUUUAUCUAGGAUGUCGUAAGGUGAUUAGUGAGUGUACAGUAACCGGUAACAAGUGUGCGUGUAAGUGGUGAAAUAAAUGUAAUGUGGUCAGAAACCUAAAAAAAAAAACAAUAAAUAAAUAAAUCACUAAAUAGGAGUUUUUCUACCAUGUGACAGAGGGCAUGCAAUUGAUGUGUGUAUGUAUGUGUGUGUGUGUGUGUGUGUAUGUGUGAGUGUGUGUGCGUGUGUGCGUGCGUUGGCACUGUGUGCUGAUGAUGUGGUCUUUAUCAAUAUCACUGAUGAUCAGAUUAGGGCUGCUAAAGCCACAGUGGUCAUCUUGUUUACUUUGUAGCCUGACACAAGGCGAAUACAGAUGUUUUGUUUUGGGGUUUUUUCCACCACUAAACACCAUGAAAACAAACAAAAAUCACAAAAUUAAUUCAGUUUUAUUAAAAGAAAUGGAUAGAAAUUAAACUUUGGUGUAAAACUAAGAAUGUAACGUCAAUAGCGGUUUAUAGUAAUUGUUUAAAAGCUGUUUUGUUUUUUUUAAUUAAAAAAGCAAAGCUCACCAGGCGUGUGUAGCUCUACCUUGUGUCACCUACAUCGUAACUCUCUCACCUCCAGUGAAGUAUUAGCGAAAUAGUUUUUAGAUUUAAAAAAAAGAGAAUAGUGUUAAUGAUGCCAAUGUCUUGAUUUAAAUGCUGUUAGAGGAUUUUUGUUUGUUUUUGAGAAAUAGAUUAGAAAGUUAUUUUCCUGUGUCGAUAUUACAGUGUUACAGUUGUGAUGUCAGCAGCACGUCUCAAAACUCGGCUCAUUUUUCCCCCUGUUGGACAGGUUCAGGUUUCACCCUGAAGGCUCGCUUGUUUGUUCGCUCUCUGUUUGGCCGACAGCUCGUACCGGCACCGCUGAACAAACACUCAGUUGGUGUCGAUUCAUUUUAAGUACUUCCUGAUGUUUGAAUGAAUGUAUUCAAUUUAGUUUAGAGCUGUCUUACAUAAUUAUUGAAUGACUGAUUUUAAGACACAAGCGCAAUCACUAUCAGAGAAGAUGUGUCUAUAAUUUAGUCAGUUGGUGUUAUUUGGCCUAAAACAGAGAAAAUGUUCAAAAUGGCUCCACUGCAGUCGUUUUCUCUGCAUGGACAGUUGACAGACAGCGAGCUUGGUGACUUUUCUUCAACUUUUCUGUGUAAACAACAGAAAACAAACAGCCGAGCCAGCGGGCCUCUUGAUCACAACCCUCUUGAAAACCUGCAGUUCUUUUCACUUGUGUUGGUGACAACCAGAUAAGGGCUUGACAGACAGACAGACUGGCCGGGUUUCAUUAUUCCUGGAUAUCAAUGAGUGUUAAUGUACUGUAAUGUAAUUUGACUUAGAGGUCAUGUAAUCCAACCUUAGAACAGGAAGUUUCAUUCCAAAAUGAAUCGGAAAAUACUGACACUUGCACUAAAUAGUACAUUUGCUGUUGUGGAUUUACAAUCAUUUGCUGUUAUUGAAGCUAACUAAAGCGUAAGACUUUGUAAAGAAAUGAAUACAAACAUUUUGGUACCAUUAAAACACCCCAUACUUUUAAAGGGUUUAUAAUUUGUCACUAAUUACUUUAUUAAUGGUAAUAAAUCCUUAAAAAAUGGAUUGAUGGUUAGGAUUGAGCUGCUUCAAGUCAUGAAUGGAAAGUUUGUGUUGCCAAGUUGUGAGCUCAAAUUUCAAUGAAGGACUUCUUUGUUAAACAUACGUCCUCAGCUUGUUCUUAAAGCUGCACUAAUCAAUAUUUCUUCUCAUCUCUGUGAAGCUUUUUAGCGUCUUUCAGCUGACAAAGUUUCUAGGUGAGCUAUUACUGCUAUUAUGUCCUCAGUAUGCAUCUAAAUCUACCUUUAAUAUCAAAGAUAGUGGAAGAGACUCUUAAACAGUUUGUUUUUUUUACAACAAAAAUCAAGUAUUUUUGAAAAAUUGGAUUAUAAAAGUUGCCAGAUUCUGUGGGAAAGUAGCUAAAUUGGCAUCAUCAACCUCAUUUUCAGCCACAUGAGUCAGCUGUUAUCAAACAAAAAGCUCACUGUACACCAUCCGCCCAACACCAAACAGCAGAUGGGCUAAGUUAGCGGCUAGCUGGUGAACAUAGCGGAGCAUUUAGCCGCUAACCAGCCAGAUAGUUUUCCCCAAGAAUUGGAGACCAAAACAGAGCUAUAAGAAGAGUGAAUAUUGGACUUUAAUUCAUCAGGUGGACAGAAAUACGAGUUAAUACGAAUGAUAACGUUGCUCCAUGUCUGCCGAACAUGAAAAUUAGCGAGUGGUUGCUAACACGUUCGCCAUGUGUUCACAGUUUGCUUCACCUCCUAAGUGGGCAAAGGAAAUCAGUAAAAAAUUUAAGUUAUGUAAUUAUUCCGCUUUUUUUUUCUCUGUGGCCCAGUAGCACAUUUUCCAACACCCAGUAUCAGUCCAUAGCCGAGGGGUCGAGACCCACUGCUGUAUAUGGGGGUAAAAUCUGGGAUCACAACCUGGCAACCUCAAAACUUUAUUUUAGGUACCUGUUACUCAUCUAAGUAUCUUAACCAUGAAUGAAGUGUUCAGUGACAACUUAUAGAUUUUUUGAAUGUAUGCUUUAUAAAAGGUUACUGUUUUUAAGUGUUUUAAUGAGGAAACCCUUCCCAAAAUGUAUAGAAAUGAAACUCUUGUAAAGUUGAACCAUGUUGGGGGUCAAUGAUCUUGUGUCUGCUGUUAGACAACCUUUACUAACUUCAAAUGCUCUUUGCCUUGUAGUGUUGUUAGUCUAAUUAUUGCAAUGAUGUGAGCCUAAAGUUGUCCUAAAUCGUAUAACAGAAUAAAGUUGAUUGAUGCCUCUUUGGCUUGCAGCCUCCACAGGGAGGUCAAAUGUUGGGUUUCCUGCUUUGAACUGCAAUUGGAGAUAUUCCACUGACAGAGAGGCAUCAGGAAGAAAGUCAUGCCAAAACAAAAAUGUGAAGAAAUUGUGAUUGUAUUGAGAAAAAAAAAGAGUGAUAAAAGCUGUAAUGUGUUCCUGUGGGGUUUUAUUUUUGGGUGCUGAUAUCUUAAAAUACUUUAACAACAAAGUGAUCCUUGUUCUAAAGUCGUCAUUUCAAUGUUCGGAGGAACUGAAUGCUUUUCCAUCACAGCCACAUUUUGCUGUUUUUUCUUGUCUUUGCCACCUAAAAAAAACUAAAAACGCCCCCUCCCUCAUUCUUACACUUUACAUGUUUUCCUAAAGUCUCUUUGAAAACGCUGGUUGUUCUACAUGUAAGUCUUGAACUUGUUCCUGUGUGUUUUACCUGUACCUCUGUACCUGUGUGGACCUGUGUUUGUGACGGUGUACCGAUGGUUCCUCUGUCCUUGACUAGUCGUGGUUAGAGAUUAGGAGCUGUUUGGUCCAUCAAUAAUCUCUGUCAGUGAUCAGCAGUGUCUUUUCUCUCCACCAUCCUCAGAAAAAUGUUCUUUCUGAUGAGAGAGUCUUCUUCACCAGGCUUCCACAAGCUUAGCUUUCUGAAAAAAUCGGGAAAAGAUAUUGUCCCUCAUCCCCUCCCGCAGCUUGUAAAUUUGCCAUCUGUCCUCAUGGGAACGGGAUUUGCCUAUAAAAGCAGUAGAGUUCUGCCUGACGAGGCUCUGCUCACAGCGGAGCGUCCUAAGCUUGUGGACUUGUGGAGAGUAUUUUGCACAUGCCAUUGUUUCUUCAGCAGCAGUCUUCAGCUUUUUUGCCUUUUGCCUAUAACAAUAAUUAUAAUAAACUAUAAUGCUUGUACAUAUCAGAUAGUACUUGUUAUAUUGUAUUCUAGUUAUUUUUUGUUGUUUUGUUUUUUUCUUAAUUUGACAUGUUUUGUAGUACUGCUUUUUCAUGAUUACGUUUGUCAAUCAAACAGAUGUGAGAUGAAAAGUGGAAGUGUUCAUUGUUUCAUUUGUUUUUUAAAAUAAAAAUAUUCCU